GUGUGGUAAAGUUGGACAGUCUUCCUACGGUGUACAAUAAAUAAUUACUGAAAUCAACUGAAAGUUUUUGUGAAAUAAUUUAUUUGAAAUUCAUCGGCAGUUGUUAAGAUGAUACAACUGCUGCUGCUAGCGGCAGUCGCCGCGAGCUGCCUCGCUGAAGACCUCCCCCCAUCAUGCGAGAAGCCGGUCUACUGCGACAGCGAACUUCUCCAUCAUGUCCAGACCUCCAGCGUCUUCCCGGACUCCAAGACCUUCGUCGACCUCCACAUGCUUGCAGACCCUGAAACAAUAUUAGAAGAAUUCGACCAACUCCUAAACGAAACCAACAAUAAUCCUACUAAAGAACAGCUCCAAAGAUUCGUCGAAUCAAACUUCGAUUCCGAGGGAGAACUCGAAGACUGGACUCCUCAUGACUUCUCAGAUAAUCCCAAAUUCCUUCUGGGCAUUCGAGAUGAAGAACUAAGACAAUAUGCAAAGGAUAUUCACAAUAUAUGGCCCACUCUCGGUCGGAGAAUCAAGUCAGCAGUGUUUGAAAAGCCCGAGAGGUUCAGUCUUAUACCAGUGCCAAACGGCUUCAUCAUACCAGGAGGUAGAUUCAAGGAAAUUUACUACUGGGACACGUACUGGAUUAUCGAGGGUCUACUUAUCGGUGGAAUGAAUGAGACAGCAAGGGGAAUGAUCGAAAAUCUAAUUGAAUUGUUGAGGAAAGUAGGUCACAUACCUAAUGGCAGUAGAUGGUAUUACCAGGAGAGGAGUCAACCUCCACUGUUGUCGGCUAUGAUGUCGCUAUACAUCCGCGAAACCAAGGAUAUCAAAUUUUUGAAGGAUAACAUCGACGCCUUACAAGAAGAGCUUAACUAUUGGCUUGACAGUCAGAUUAUUACAUUUGACAAAGGAAACUCAACGCACACUCUGCUCAGGUACUACGCCCCAAGCAAAGGGCCUCGCCCGGAGUCGUACCGUGAGGAUUACAACGGAGCUCUCAGGUACACUGCAGAUGAACGCAAACAAGAGUUCUAUAUUGAUCUAAAGAGUGCUGCGGAAAGUGGAUGGGAUUUCUCGUCACGGUGGUUCAUCGGAGACGAUGGGAAAAAUGGUGGCAACCUUACUAAUAUUCACACACAAGAUAUAAUUCCGGUUGAUUUGAAUGCCAUAUUCGCUAAUGCUCUACAAAAUAUGGCUUACUUCGAAGGUAUCCUGAAGAGGCCGCGAAGAGGCUCGCACUGGGCUUACCUUGCGCAGCAGUGGCGCAGUAACAUUGAAGCUGUGUUUUGGAAUGAACAGGAUGGAGUAUGGUACGACUACGACAUGGUACACGGCACGCACCGAAAAUACUUUUAUCCAAGCAACGUAGCGCCUCUGUGGAUGGGGGCAGUCGAUAAAAAACUGGUUGUGAAGCAUUCUGCUCGAGUGCUUGAAUAUCUGGAAAAAUCUCACGGUCUGGAUUUCCCGGGAGGAGUUCCAUCGUCGCUGAUUAGGAGCGGGGAGCAGUGGGACUUCCCUAACGCCUGGCCGCCUCUAGUGAGCAUUGUUGUGAAUGCGUUGGAGGCUUUGGGGUCAGAAGAAGGGAAGAAGGUGGCUUUUGAUGUCGCUCAAACGUGGGUGAGGGCGUGCCGUAAAGGUUUCGUUGAAAACAAGCAAAUGUUUGAGAAGUAUGAUGCUGAACAGCCUGGCAAAGUUGGCGGUGGUGGUGAGUACGUCGUGCAGUUUGGUUUCGGCUGGUCGAACGGAGUUGUCCUAGAGUUCCUCACCAAAUAUGGCAGACAAAUGACUGCUACUGAUGCAACCUCUUACUCCACACCUCAUGAAAUCGAAUCCAAGGAAAACGUGUACACAAUAGACACAAAAGAAAGUAGGAGUGAUGGUGUAAAAUAUCUAAGGAUAUUUAUACGAUUAAGGCGACUCCGCAGCGUGCCUCUAUAUCCAGUGCUGGGACUGUUGGGCGCUUAUGCUCAUGCGUUCUCGACAGCACCUGCCUGCAACUCCUCGAUAUUCUGCACCGGUGAACUUCUGCACACAGUUCAGCUCGCGCGUGUAUUUCCUGACUCGAAAACCUUCGUUGACUUAAAACUUAUUCAAGACGAAAAUGUAACGUUGGCAGAUUUUACAAGAUUGAUGCAAGAGACCCAAAGAAACCCGACACGAGAGCAACUUACGGACUUCGUAAACAAUCAUUUUUCGGAGGGAGAUGAACUCAUGCCUUGGAUGCCGCCUGACUUCGACCCCGACCCCCCCUUCCUCAAGCAAAUCAUUGAUCCGAAGCUGAAACAAUUCGCUAAAAGUGUCAUCGGUAUAUGGGCAAAAUUGGGUCGUAAAGUUGACCCUGCAGUUGCAAAAAGUCCUGACAAAUACAGCUUUUUAUAUGUACCCAAUGGUUUCAUAGUUCCUGGUGGAAGAUUCAAGGAACUUUACUACUGGGAUUCAUUUUGGGUGGUGCGAGGACUUCUCAUCAGCAAUAUGACGCAGACCGCUAAAGGCAUGAUAGAAAAUCUUUUGUAUCUGGUGGAGAAACUGGGAUACAUUCCAAACGGAAGUCGGAUCUACUAUCUGGGCAGGAGCCAGCCACCGCUUCUCGCUGCAAUGGUGGCCAGCUACUUUACCGCAACUGGAGAUCUAGCUUGGUUAGAGCAGCAUUUGCCCACUGUGGAGAAAGAAUUGCAGUACUGGUUGGACAAGAAGAAAGUGACAGUUGAAGUGAACGGUAAAAAGUACGUACUACUUAGAUAUUUUGCGGAUCCAACGGGUACAGGUCCUCGCCCUGAAUCAUAUUACGAAGAUUACAGAAGUGGUUUAGAAUUGCCUAAAGAUGAACGCGAGGAUUUUUACAACGAAAUGAAAAGCGCUGCUGAAAGUGGAUGGGACUUUUCCUCCCGAUGGUUCGUGACUGCCGGCGACAUAAUCGGGAACCUGACAGACGUGCAUGCCACUCGUAUAUUGCCAGUCGAUUUGAACGCUAUUUUCGCCAACGCACUUGAACUUGCCGGUGACUUUCGAAACCGACUGAAGGACAGACGCGAAGCACAGAAAUGGUGGAGUCUUGCCAAGUACUGGCGAAGUGCCAUUGAGAACGUCAUGUGGGACCCGGUAGAUGGCGUCUGGUACGACUAUGACGCCCAAGCAAGAGCGCCGAGAAAGCAUUUCUACCCGAGCUGUGCAACUCCUCUUUGGGCUGGUACAAUUGAAAAAGCCGAUGGUGCCUUCUACGGCGCGAAGUUAGUCAAAUAUCUUUUAGGAUCUGGUGGCAUGAACUUCCCGGGGGGCAUACCUGCAUCAGUAUUAUACUCUGGUGAGCAGUGGGACUACCCUAACGCAUGGCCUCCGCUGCAGAGCAUCUUGAUAGGAGGUUUGGAUGCGAGUGGAAAUUUAGAGGCUGAGGAACUGGCUAAAAAGCAGGCGAAGUUGUGGAUAAGAGCCAAUUAUAUUGGUUACUCUACAUGGCAGAAGAUGUUUGAGAAGUACAGCGCGGAAAACCCUGGGCAUGAAGGUAGUGGCGGGGAGUACGUGGUGCAGGAUGGCUUUGGAUGGACCAACGGGGUGGCGCUGGAACUUCUACAGAGGUAUAGCAAAGAUCUGGUUUUGGACGAACAAGCGCAAUCUACUGAGCCCUACGUUAGUCAAAUUCGUUAAGUUUUAACUCUGGAUUUAACUAUUGAUUAGUAAGAUUGUAUUGUAUUUUUAAGAAAAAUGUUC